AUGAAUAUGCAAAAUUGGCAAAUUAUUUUGCUAACGCCGUUUCAUUCCUCGAAGCUUUGUUCCUCAAAGCGAAAAGAAGCUCGAGGAGAGAAAUAUGAACGGCGGCAGUGGCGGCAGUGGCAGCGGUGGAGGAGGAAGUGGCGCGGGGAAGAUGCCGACCAACUUUCUGAAGUCGAUCCGAGGCCGGCCGGUCGUCGUGAAGCUCAACUCCGGAGUCGACUAUAGAGGUAUUCUAGCUUGUUUGGAUCCAUACAUGAACAUUGCAAUGGAGCAAACGGAAGAAUAUGUUAAUGGUCAGCUAAAGAACAAGUACGGCGAUGCUUUCAUCAGAGGAAAUAAUGUUCUGUACAUCAGCACCUCUAAAAGGACUCUUGCUGAUGGGGUAUGAUACUGGUGCUUGGCAAAGUCUGUCCUUGGCAUGAUUUCACAUGUUGUUGAUGAGAUUGUUGCACGUAAUGAAGGGGCAUGUGUAAGUGUGUCCUGGUAGAGUGGAUUAUCAACUAUUUUGAAAUUUAUGUCCAAGUCAUCAGACAAAUUUGUUUU